CGUCAGUACGCCGCUGAUCGUCGUCCGCGAUCGAAAUCCGCCGCCUUUGAUUUUUGUUUUUUUUUGUAAAUUAACUAAAAGGAUUUUUGAGUGAAAUAAUUAAAUCAUAAAUUAAGUGUUUGGGGGCGAUUCCCCCCAAAAAAACUUUUAUUAAAAUCCUUAAUCAUUUGUGUUGUGCCAAAUAUUUCUUUUUUUUUGGUGAUUUGUGGGGUGAUUUGUGGAAAAAUGCAAUUAAAACAACCACGAUAAGUAAUGAUUAUUGGAUGGUGCUUUCGAUGGCAUCGGUUACCACUGGGUUAAUCUCGCCCAACGCCUACGGUUUAAGUUCCGAUAAAGUGUCUAAAAUGGCUGUGCCUAUCCAAGAAACAUCGGAUUACUUCCGUUCCGUGCCGGUUUUCGCGCAACAACGUGCAACAUCGAGCGAUUCCGAACCGGAAACCGGAUCCUACCAUCAUCAUCAAUCACCCUCGAAAUCAAUGAUAAACGGUGAACUCCCGAAACGAAACAAACGCAAAAACUUCAAACCGAGAUGUUCAAACGUAAGCAGCUAUUCGGACAACGAAAACGACUCAGUUUUAAACCUAUCGGAUUCCUUAACCAACAACAACAACAACAACAAAAAUUCACCGUCGAGUAUAAAUAGAAGAAGAAAAACGUUAAGUACGAGAAGGGUCGUUUUAGACCCGCGGUUUUCGCCGAUGGAUUUAAGUAAGAACGUUCUUGAAUUAAGCGAUUCCGGUUCGGAUGAUUCCGAGUUCGUCGAGAACUACGAGGACGAUGAGAACGAUGAUUUAGAGAACGCUAGCUCGGAGAAUGAUAGUAAACUAUCGAAUUUUUCGAUUCAGAAUUUAUCGAAACCGCACGUCAGUGAUUUUGCCUCGGCGACUUCCGGUUUAAGUCACGGCCAAUUAAACGAAAUGAGAGAUUACGCUAUGAAUACGAUGAGGGAGUUGCUUAGUAUAUAUGGGUUAACUUCGGAAGUUGCUGAGUCGAUUUCAAGACAACUUCCCAUGGCUGCUUUUAAUUCUGGUAAAAUUCUCGAAAACCUCACCCUCGAACCAUCGAAAUCCCACCAAGGACCACCUUCUCAACCCCCAACACCACCAAGUACGCCCCUCUCACCGAAAAUAUCCGAUUUACCAAAAUUCUCAACCCCCAGUUCUUUCCCGAACAUCCCUAAUCUUACCAUCACCCAAAGCACCGCGGUUAGUUCCGCUUCGAGUUCGAACCAAACCGGAUCAAGCUCAACCACUCAAAAGGCACCUUUAAAUUUAGAAAUUGGGAGAAAAAAAUCGAAAAGUUCUGUGCAAUUUUCAAACGGCGGUAAUUCAUCGAAAGGACUCGAUUUAAGUGCGGUGUCAUCUCAUCAACACCCAGAUUUUAACCCGUUUAGUCAACAAUUCGAAGAUGGAUUAAUGGUUAAAAUGAUCGAAGGAAAAGAAGGGAAAAGUCAUCAAAAUAAUCGGGGCUAUUUGGUUCAAUUUGGAGCAUUAAAAUCCGAAGGGGACAGUCCACCCCCCAUGGAGACGAACCCCCUCAAUGCGAUGAUGGCGCAGAGUUUAGCUCCAACCCAAGCUCAUCGCGAUCUCCACCAACCUUUAUUAAUCAACAAAACCCAAAGCCAAAUGGAUUACUCGAAAUACGUUAAGAAAUUCUCGUCGUCUUUAGAAUGUGGUAGCUCUUAUUGUAAAGAUUUAAAUUAUAGAGAACAUUUUCAUUGCCUCGAUUGUAAUUCGCGCGUAUUUAUUAAAAAAGAGGAGAUGAUCCGCCAUUUUAAAUGGCACAAAAAGCGAGAUGAAUCGUUACAACACGGAUUUAUGCGAUAUAGCCCUCUCGAUGAUUGUUCCGAUCGCUACGGGAACUGCACUCACAACAAAAAACAAACUCAUUAUCACUGCAUAAAGGAGGGUUGCGAUAAAGUGUACAUCUCCACGUCCGAUGUUCAAAUGCACGCGAAUUAUCACCGGAAAGAUUCGGCGAUAAUCCAAGAAGGAUUUCAACGGUAUCGAGCAACCGAGGAAUGUGGUGCCUCGUAUUGCGCGUUUUUCGGGCAAAGAACCACUCAUUUUCAUUGUCGUAGAGCCGGGUGUCGAUUUACAUUCAAAAAUAAAUCCGAUAUGGAGAAACACAAAUCGUACCACAUCAAAGAUGAGCAACUAUCGAGAGAUGGGUUCAAAAAGUUCAUGAAAAACGAAUCGUGUCCAUACGAAAAUUGCCGCUUUUCGAAAGUCUGCAACCAUAUUCACUGCAUUCGCCCGCAAUGUAACUACGUCCUACAUAGUUCCGGGCAAUUAUUCUCGCAUAAAAGGAAACACGAAAGGAAAGAUUCAGAGUUGGCUUAUCGAAAAUACAAGUUAGCGCAAAGUAUGAUGAAAAGUUUGCAAGAUGGGGGAAUUGGAUUGCCGUUUCCGGGGGGGAGGGAGUACGAGCAGCAAUUCGAGGGGUUAAAUUUGAGCCUUUUUAGUCAAAAUUCAUCCAAUUUGUCCACGUCGGAGACUUUGAGCGAGCGGAACUCGCCGAUUAGUUACGAUGACCCCGAAAGUUCCGUCAUCGAUUUAUCCGCCAAUGAAUCGAGCGUCAAUCAAAUGGAGGAAAAGUACGAAAAUCCCAACUGGAACAGCGAAGAUUUUUGGAAAAAGUAUUGCCAAUUUUUUUCGAACCAAGAGAGAUGCCUAGAAACGUGCGAAUACCUCUAUAACGACCAUUAUCAUUGUUUCGCCGAACAUUGCAACAUGGUUUUUAAUUGUAAAGACGGCGUUCGAGAGCACGCAAGAAACCACGAACAACAAGAACAAAUAACCGAAAAUUAUUUCACAACGGCUCAAAACGGGGGUUGCGAAGACGGCUGCAUCUACGAGGACAAAGAAAAACAUUAUCAUUGCAAUUGGGAGAAUUGCCGCGAGGUGAUUUUACCCAACGAAAAACCAUUUCGUCGAUUAGAACAUUACAAGAUGCACGAGUACUCGAAAAAAUUAAGUUUGACGAAAGAUCCUUUGACGAUGACGCAUCUAGCCACCUCCAUCGAUGGGAUGUUUUGCAGGAAAAGGGGGAGACCCCCCAAAAAUCGGGUUAUCGAGGUUUGGAAUGAUUAUGCCCCAAUGGGGAGUCAAAGUUUGAUGGAUUCGCCCCAAGCGAUAUUUACAAGCUUUAAGUUGCCAAAACCAUCAACAGUGAUGCCUCAAAGUAACUUAAAAGAACCAGAACCAGACUCAAACGAUGAAAGAUCGUGUUCACCACCAACUAAUGUACAAGAUUAUAGUUUGCAAGGAUUCGAUAUUUACAACGAAAAUACAAAAUGCACAGACACGCUUUGUCCGUAUUUAGGGAACGUCCAUUACCACUGCAAUCAAAAUCGAUGUCUUUACGUUACCGAUAAAGAGGACGUUUUGUUGAUGCAUAGCAAAGAUUUUCACGAUAACAUCGAGAUUUUGGACGGAUUCGAAUUUUACGACCGAAACGUCGAUUGUCGCCUACAAAAUUGUCCCAGCAACAAAGUAAAUCGUCAUUUUCACUGCACAAGAUUAAAUUGUAACUACUCUUUCGUUCAAUACUCAACGAUGGCUGUCCACCAACAAAAACACAACGAAGAAAAGCUACUAUCGGAAGAAAACAACCCAAUUAAAAUCAAAAACGAAUUCAAAGACGAAGAUAACCACUUAAUUUACCAACACCAACAACAAUUCAAAGCGAUGAACUUGAGUAGUAGUCAAAGUUUGGUUCAACAAAGCGAAAAUAAGAUUUCAGUUGUAAAAGCUUCGGGCACUUUUUAUCCGUUAUCGACGGUGCCUUCGGAACAGAAACUUCAAGCCUACGAUACCAAAUCAACUCCUUCAGAACCACCACAAUCGCUCAACCAAAUCAACGAUCCAACCUCAACCAACAACACCUUAUACAGCCCAGAAAUAAGUUGCAGCAGACCUUUUUGCAAAUUAAAACGGAAAUACCAUUACCAUUGCAACGCCUGCAACCAAGCCUUUUCCGAAAUCGAUAAAUUAAUGGUGCACGUUGCAAAACACAGCAGCGGGGUCUUAAACCAAGAAGACAACAACAACAGUAAUAAUCGCCAAUCCCCCGAGAAAAAGCCCCCGCCAUCACAACAACAACAACAACAACCACCCCCAGAAAUGAAAAUAAACGUAGCACCUUUACAAACAUUACAACAAACACCGAUUCAAAUGAAUAAAUCCGACAGCGACAUCUCCCCGCAACAACAACAACAAUCGGCGUAUUUAACGCCAUCUUUUGACGCUGCGUAUCACUUCGGGAAUUUUCCCGCGAAUUUAGCGACACAAUUUGCGUUAAUUAAUCAACAAUCGAUGCAAAAUCCGUUUCUGCAUCAAACGUUGUAUCAAAAUCAAUUGAUGUUUCAACAUUCCGGGUUGAUACAAAGCGGGUUGUUAGCGCCGCCACCUCAAGCGCCCUACCCCACGGAAAAUAUGACGUCGCCUUUAGCGGCGAUGGCGGCAAAUUUGAAUAAACGCGCGCUAAGUCCGCAUCAUCACGAGGUGAUGUCGCCGGAACAAAAAAAGGCGAGGAUACAGAAUUCGAUGAGAAUUUUGAAGGAUGAGCCGGUGCCGGAGGGUUAUUUGAGGUUUCGGUUUAAUGAGGAUUGUCAGUAUCAGCAUUGUGGGUAUCGGGAGCAUCAGACUCAUUUUCAUUGUCAGCGGCAGGAUUGUGGGUACAGUUUUUGCGAUAAAACUAGGUUUGUGCAGCAUACGGCGCGACACGAAAGGUUGGAUACGCUGAUGGGGGGCGAUUUUCAACAGUACAGGGCGAACGUUGCGUGUGGUAGGCCGGAUUGUGCUUACACGAAUAAUUUGGGUUCGACCCAAAACAAAGCCUCUCACUUCCACUGUUUAAAAUGCGAUUUCGUGUGCACCGACACGAACAAAGUGGUCGCGCACCGAAGACAACACCAAAAAUUGGACUCAAUUCAAGCGGCGGGUUUCGAAAAAUUCACCCCGAGCCAACAUUGUCGCGCCCCGAGUUGCCAACAUAGCGGCAAACAGACUCAUUACCACUGUUUAUCGUGUCAGUACGCCGUGUUGGGGUUAGCGCAGAUGUCGGCCCAUAAAUAUCGACACAUGGAAGGUUAAAAAUGAUUUUAAAGAAUUUUUAUUAUUAGUUUUUUUUUUAUUAUUUGUAAAUAGAAAUGAAGGAUUUUUUUUAAAUUUUGUUUUGUUGUAAAUAUUAGAUUAUUUUGAGUAAAUUUGAUUUUAAACUGUUAGAUUUUAAGAUUUUUAAUUUUCUUUUUUUGUACAAAGACUACGAUUAUUGACGACUGAUGAAGAAAUGAAGACAACUUGAACAAAAAAAAUUCAAAUUAAUUUAAUUUUAUUUAUUUAAUGCGAGAUGAUUUAAUUGAUAAUUUAAUUCAUCUCGUAUUAUAUGAAAUAAUAAAUUAUUUUUUAAACUUAAGUGAUACGUUAGGGUAGUAUUAAACGAGAAAGAACCUGUAUUGAGGUGAAACACUUUAGGGAUCAACAAAAAUAAAUCCAACAACCAUAAAAGACAUUUUAGACGAAAAAAAAAUUGUAUAUAUAUAUUUUUUAAUUUCCGAUUUUUUUUUAUUAAUGUUUUUUUUUUAAUUUGUGUAGAUAUUAGUGCCUUAGGAAUUUUCUCUGGUACGUACAACUUCGAAACAAAUCAUUUUUUAGAAAAUCCCCGAAAAAAAAGAAUUUUUUUUAAGAAAAAAGGAAAUAACCGUGCCUUGAAACGAAAUCGAAGACACUAAAUUGAUUUUUUUACCUCAAUUUGAAUAAAUAUUAAUGGAUAUUCUAAAAAGAUUAACUUAGAUGACUUAGAGAAUUAUUUUUCGAAAAAUUUAUAUUAAAUUAAAUUAAAUGUAGGUGAUAGUGGAGAAAAAUUUAUCUAGAUUUUGAUAUAGAAAUUUUUUUAUAAUAAUAUAUUCUAUGAGAAGCUUAGAAUUUUGUAGAAAUUUAGACAUAAAUUGAAUUAUUAGAAAUAAAUGUUUUGCUAGCGAGGUAAAAACAUUAAAAGUGUCCAUUUUAGCACAACAUCCUUCUAAAACUCGUGGAUUUAAACUCAAAUGAUUAAACGAACGUCUAAUAUCAUUCCAAGUGCCAUAUUUAUGUGUAUACAUGUAGAAAUUCUUAGAUUUUUCCCAUUUCUUCUCCUUGUUCUUUAGAAAUAUUUUUGUAAAUUGUGAUUUUUAUGUGUGAAUUUAUUUGCCAUAAUCUAUUUAAAUUUUAUUAGUUAUUAAUUAAUCUCUUCAAUCUCUUUCACCCCCUUUUCUAGUCUCUAUAGGGUUUUAAUACUUAUUAUCUUUUAAUUUCUAGUAUUUCCACCGUACUGUUUACACGAAUAUAUACGCACCUUAGUUUAUUAAUUAAUUAAUUAAUAAAAUAAAUUUGAGAACUCAAACGGUUUUUAUUA